GAACGAAACGCAUCAGCCGUCUCCGCCGCCGCCGUCGUCGUUUCCGGUCGGACGACUUAUUAUUUACAUCCGUUUUUUACCUGUAGUAUUAAUGCGUUUUUUUUUUUGCUACCGCGAGAUGUAAUUUUGUGCUUUUUUUUAACGCUUCCCACAAAAUAAAGAAACCGUAUCGUUUUCUACUGUGUCGACCGUGUACCAAUAAAAUAACAGCCGUUAAUUAUUCGUUGUCAUUCGUAUUUCCGUAAUAUCAUCCAGGCACCCGGCGGACCGGAUGUAAAUACAUUCGUUUUUAUCGAAACGAUUAUAUUUCAAAAUUGGCCGCGUCAAGCAGAACCCCGUCCGUGCAGUAGCCGCCGGCGAGACCGACUCGCUGGACUCGCACAAGGAUAUUAUGCUCAAUAGCGAUCCGUCUUCAGACAUAGACAACCGUACGGAUCAAGUAAAAAUGGCCACCGAUGCCGGAAGCCCCCGAAGAUUGGGACUUAACCUGAACUUAAGCGUACAACCGCACGCUUACCACUGGCCACACUCGACGGUCGUGGACGGUUCACCCACGAGAUCCAACGGCGGGGGCACAGACGAAGAGGACGAUCGGGACGCCAUGAUGGACGACGAUGAUGACUGUAGACAAGACGAAGACUGUACACCCGAAGAAGAACAAGACAUACUCGAGAUGCAGCGCGAAGAACGUGAAACCCUCAAUCAAUUGGCCAGGCAGUUAGCGUCGGGAUCUAGGUUGAUGGCACCUAUGCUUCAACAUUUGGUCUACCAGCACCCGGGCCUGUCCGUACCAUCAUCCCUACAGUCACAUCAGCCACAGACACCUUCUUCCAGUGGUCCAACUUCCGGUGCUAUUUCCCUUUCUACCUCGCACAGACUACCUAUGGUCGCCGACUUAUCCCCUAAGUCCAGUCAUUCGGGCGACACUCCAGGAUCCGGUCAUCCAGCGGACGUCCAUUCGCCGUCCUUGGGUCGAAACAACGAAGCCCAAUCGUGGACGUUCGAGGAACAGUUCCGACAGCUUUACUCGGCUGGCAAUGAAUCGGAUAGGCGCAGUUUUCUGGAUUCGCUGUUCAGUUUUAUGCAAGAACAAGGUACUCCAAUAAGCCGCCUUCCCAUAAUGGCCAAACGUGUGCUGGAUUUGUACACUUUAUACAAACUAGUGGUGCAGAGAGGCGGAAUCGUAGCGGUCAUCACCAAGAAGUUGUGGCAAGAGAUCAUCCGUGGUUUGGGUUUACCUCCUUCAAUAACCAGUGCAGCGUUUACAUUGCGAACACAGUACGUUAAAUAUUUGUACGCCUACGAAUCUAGGAUGAAUCAGUUUAGCACGCUGGACGAGUUGAACAUGGCUAUCGCGGGGAACAGGCGGGAGGGCAGGCGAAACAAGUCGCUCAUGUACUCGGAUAUGCCGCCACCGCCACCGGGACACCAUCCGCAUCACUCUCACGCCGGCACGCCGACUUCCAGUCACCACCAUCAGCAUCCUCAACAUCAUUACGCCAACGUGCUGGCCGUCGACGACAGGUUCCGGCACUUGGCAGCCGCCAUCAUCGACAAUCACAAUCAUGCGGCUGCCGCCGCAGCUGCAGCGGCUGCAGCGGCCGCGGCCACAUCGGCAACGGGUAAUUCGACAAGCAGCGAGCAUGCGAAGCUGCGAAAACCUCCUAGCCCGCAGUUGCAAGAUUGCAAAACUUCGGCAGUACCCAUAUUGCAACAGGCCCCGCCGCAACCGCCACCACCCAUCCCGUCCGCAAUAGUACCGUCGUCGCUGUUCAACGGACACCACAACUCGUAUCACCAUCACCACCACCAACAACAACAACAUCAACAGCAGCCACAGCAUCAACAACAACAACAGCAGCAGCAACAACAACAUCAGUCAGUGCCUCCUCCCAGUGUGCUCCAAUCCACCGCCGAUCAAACCAACAAACAAAGAGAACUUCUCAGUAUGCUUAUGUGGAUGGACAUAGUCAGAGCAAAUCAAACGGGCCUGCCCAGACUACCAAUACCGAGUGUACCGACUAGUCCUUCGGCUUAUACGGCGGCGGCCGCUCUGAAUUUAUCGCCCGCCUACAAGAGUCCUAUGAUGCCGGCCGUGGCGGUGGUGCCGGAGCAAAGCGAAGCUCUUAAUCUGGGCAAAAAGCGAUGUGCCACGACAAAUAACAACAACAACAACAAUAGCGAAGACGACGACGAAGAAUCGUCAGGAAAACGGAUCAAGACCGAAAGGUCUUCGCCGCCGGUCAGUUGCUCCAGCGGGAUCGGCGAACCGGAAGAAGGUGGAUUUAUAGGAGGAGAGGAAGAAGAAGAAGAAGACGACGCCGUGGAAAGAGUAGAAGGAGCUGACGAAGAAGACCUGACGACCUCGGCUAUGGCCAGAAGUCCCUUGAAUUCCUUACACGGCUAUCAGAACAACUCGAGGCGAACUUCACCAGUCGGAUGCAAUAGCUCACAAGACGAUGUCGUCGAAAUGGACAUCAACACUUCGCCUUCGGGUCUUUCCGGCAACAAAGGUUUGGCGAUAUGCGUGACACGGAGAACGAAAAACGGCAUUUACAGAGGUCAACUUACCAAAAGCAACGCGUUGGUCAACGGAGGAUUGAACAACAACACUAAUCCUUUUGUUUUGCAUUUAAACGGCGACCUGUACACCGGACACUUGCAGUUACAGCAAGCCGGCAGCAAUUGAACCAGACUGGGAAAUCGACGAUCCUAUGACUAUUGAUUAUAAUAAUGUGUAAUACUAUAAUAGUGUUAAAAAAAAAAAUAGCGUACGCGUACCGCGCAAAAGACUAAAUCGUAGCAUCUAACCGAUGCUGACUAAUAAUAGUAUUAUUUAAUUUACAUGUAUAUACUUUAUAUUAUAAGCUUUCGACUGAUUUAUUAUUGUAAUUGGUGGAUUAAUUUAAUCAUCGGUCUCAAGGUUGCAAAAUACAUAAUAACGCCAAAAAUUAUGUCAAUACUUUUGUCGAGUCUAAGAAGCAACCCAUGUUAUACAUAAACACGUUUUAUCGGUCCCACUCAGCACACUUGUCGACCGUGCAUUUCAUAUACUACUAAAUAUUUACAAAAUAUUAUUUCAUAUAACUUUUUUCUAAAAUAAUUUUGUUCAUGAUUAUACAUAUGUAUUGUAAUAAAUGUUGGUUCCGUCGAGGUGUAUAAUUAUUGCAGCGAGGCGAGGAAAUGAAAAAAAAAAAAACGAGCAACACGUCGAUUUUUGUUUUGAUUUUUUUUGUUUAAAUUGAAAAAGUAAAACAAAUAUAAAUUCCAAAAAGCAUUUCUAACCGACAAACGCUGUCACGGUCGUUGUUGGGCCUCUAUUCGGAACCUUUUUUUUUUGCUACUCACCCGGCGCACAUCCAUUCGGGUCCAGCGCUUUUUGUGAGCGUUUGUUAAACAAACAAAAGUAUAUAUAAUAACAGUAUAUAUACGUAUAACGUCUGUUUAUGAUAGCAAAGGCCGUAAAAAAAACAUUAUUAUCACAAAACAAACGUUUUGUGGAAUAUGUAUAUAUUAUAUUUGUGUCUUAUGUAUUUUGAUAAAGCUUUCUAUUAUGUAACAGUAGUAAACCUAAUAAUUACUAUAUAAUACGCUUUUACUGAAGAGUCGGCAAAAAAUGAAUAUUAUGUAAAUUAUGCAUUGAAGUGUAAUUUUUUGUAUCUUAUGAAAUACAAUUGAAAUUAUAGAAUUUGCAUAUUAUUACUGGUAGAAAACCUAAGUUGUAUGCUAGAGUAUAACAAUAUUAUGUAAAAUAGUAGUUUUUAUUAUUUUUUAAAUUAGUUCCUAUAUUAAAUUCAAUUGGUUAGAUUCUUUUUUAGUACAUAAAUUUAUUUGUCAUUUUGAUCACAACAUAAUACAAUUUGUGUAAUGGGCGAAGAUCUCAUGUACAAAAAUAACUGUAGGUAUAGGUACGCUUCAAAAAUUAUUAAUAAUAACUAUCAUAGAUAAUACUUUAUACUACUAAGAGAUGUACUAGUGUGUAUUAUAUACAUAUUAUAUUAAAUGGUAUAUAUGGUUAAGUAAUAUCCCGAGUAGAUUAUACUCGAUUAGUUUUUCCGUUUGUUAAAUGUAGUGUAUUAAUAAUUAUCAAUGUAUUGUAAUCAUUAAUAUCGUUGUGUAAUUGGACAUUCGCGUCAAUUUCGCUUAAAUUAAU